GCUCCGCCGGCACACGCCGCACCUGGCAGGCGGCCUGAGCGCGUGCGAAGAGCCGCCGCCGCCGCCGCCGCCGCUCGGGGUCGCCUUGAGCCCCAGAUUCCCCAGCGCUGGCUCGCAUGGCAGCCGCCUGGGAGACCGGCCCCGCGACCCGCUAGGGGCGGCCCAGCGCCCCGGCCCAGCCCCUCGUCUGAGUCCGUCGGAUCCGGCCUCGCUCUGCGCCCCGGGGCGCGCCGCCUCCCAGCCCGAGAGCCCGCUCCCGGUUCCUGUCUCCAAUCCUCUCGUCUGCUCAGACCUUCCCAGCCCCCGCCCUCCGCUGCCUCCACCGAUUUUUUCUGUCUGGACGCCCCUCUCCCCUCUCGGCUCGUAUCACUCGGAACCGGAAUCUGUGCCGCUAUCUCCGCGUCCGGCCGCCUCCCAGCCUGUGCCGUCCCACAGGUGUCCGCACGUCCGGCGGUCCGUCUGUCCCUCCCUCCCGGGGCCGGCGCUGACCAUGCCCAGCGGCUGCCGCUGCCUACAUCUCGUGUGCCUGUUGUGCAUCCUGGGGGCACCCGUAAAGCCUGCCCGAGCUGAUGACUGCAGCUCCCACUGCGACCUGGCCCAUGGCUGCUGUGCGCCUGAUGGCUCCUGCAGGUGUGACCCAGGCUGGGAGGGGCUGCACUGUGAGCGCUGUGUGAGGAUGCCUGGCUGCCAGCAUGGUACCUGCCACCAGCCCUGGCAGUGCAUCUGUCACAGUGGCUGGGCAGGCAAGUUCUGUGACAAAGAUGAGCACAUCUGUACCACACAGUCCCCCUGCCGGAACGGAGGCCAGUGCGUAUAUGAUGGGGGCGGCAAGUACCACUGUGUGUGCCCACCAGGCUUCCACGGGCGUGACUGUGAGCGCAAGGCCGGACCCUGUGAGCAGGCAGGCUCCCCAUGCCGGAAUGGCGGGCAGUGCCAGGACGACCAGGGCUUUGCCCUCAACUUCACAUGCCGCUGCUUGGCGGGCUUUGUGGGUGCCCGCUGCGAGGUGAACGUGGACGACUGUCUGAUGCGGCCUUGUGCUAACGGCGCCACCUGCCUGGACGGCAUCAACCGCUUCUCCUGCCUCUGCCCUGAGGGCUUUGCUGGGCGCUUCUGCACCAUCAACCUGGAUGACUGUGCCAGCCGCCCAUGCCAGAGAGGGGCCCGCUGUCGGGACCGGGUCCACGACUUUGACUGUCUCUGCCCAAGUGGCUAUGGUGGCAAGACUUGUGAGCUAGUCUUACCCGUCCCAGAUCCCGCCACCAUAGCGGACAUCCCCCCAGGGCCCACCUCAGCUGUGGUGGUACCUGCCACGGGGCCUGUUCCCCACAGCGGAGGCGCUGGUCUGCUGCGCAUCUCCGUGAAGGAGGUAGUGCGGAGGCAAGAGGCCAGACUGGGCGAGUCUAGCCUGGUGGCCGUGGUGCUGUUUGGGGCUGUCACUGCCGCUCUGGUCCUGUCCACGGUGUUGCUGACCCUGAGGGCCUGGCGCCGGGGUGUCUGCCCCCCUGGACCCUGUUGCUACCCUGCCCCACACUAUGCCCCGGCGCGCCAGGACCAGGAGUGUCAGGUUAGCAUGCUGUCGGCAGGGCUCCCCCUGCCGCCUGACUUGCCCCCUGAGCCUGGGAAGACCACAGCACUGUGAUGGCGGUGGGGGCUUUCCUGCCCCCUCCUUCACCUCCUCUGCCACUCAGACUGGAUUGGCCCUUUCUCGCCACCCCUCAGCUGGAGUACACAACACUGAGGGACCUCAGCCUCAUGCCAGAAAUAUUAUUUUUUUAAUACACAGAGUGUAAGAUGGGAAUUUUAUCAAAUAAAACUAUGGAAGUGCA